AUGACAAAAACAGUGAAGAAAUCAAAAUACAAUGAACCUUCUGCAUUCGGUAAAUUGUAUUUAAUAGCAUAUAACGGAAUCCAAAGUUUAGGAUGGUCAUAUUUAUUAUGGCAGACAAUUAUUCACUUUUUAAAUCGAGGGUCAUUAGAUACAUACUGGAAUGAAAUAAAAUGGACAGUAUAUAUAUUUCAAAAUGCAGCAGUUUUAGAGAUACUCCACGCAGCAAUUGGACUGGUACCGUCAGGUGUAUUUAUUGUUCUUAUGCAAGUAUUCUCGAGGGUAUUCCUAGUAUGUGGAUCGCUAUUGGUUGCCCAUGGGCCGACCAUUAGUCCUGGACUUCCAUUAUGCAUCGUCGCCUGGGCGGUCACAGAGAUAAUACGUUAUGCGUAUUAUGCGCUGAAUCUUCUGAAGUGUGUGCCGCAGCCAUUGAAGUUCUUACGGUACUCAACAUUCCUAUUACUGUAUCCCGUAGGAAUAACUGGCGAACUUUUAUGCCUGUAUUAUACACUGGAUGAUGUCAAAGAACACAAUCUGUUCACAAUAUCAAUGCCGAAUUCGUGGAAUUUCAUAUUUAAUUAUUAUUAUUUCCUUGUCGUCUAUAUGUUCUUGUAUAUUCCUCUGUUCCCUGUGCUGUUUGGUCAUAUGUUGAAACAAAGGAACAAGAUGUUGUUCGACGAGAAGAAAUCUAAGUAA